AUGUCAGUAGUCUUUCCAGCAGAAAUAAUUCUUCAAGCCUAUCUUGAAAGUGACACUGCCAAUGUUACAGCUCUUUGGCUCAAUAUCAUGCUAGCUUCCCAAAAACAAGGUGCCUCACUCACUCAAUCAGCCAUUUCCAAAUAUUCCUCCAAUUCUCAAUUAGUUUCACUUUUACAAGAAUUGAAUGCAAACAUGACUCAAAUGGAACAACAACUUUCUGGAUUAUUCUCAUCUUUGCAAUUGCAACAAUUACCUGACAUUCAAAAUCUUACCUAUGGUGAUGAUUGUUCAUUGAGAGCUGCUACAGUUGAUAAUUUGAGAGGUCCAUGUGAUUUUAUAUUUGUCUUGAUUCAUAGAAUGGCAAUGGCAAAGAUUGUUAACUUGUUGGCCAUUUCUGAAGGUGAUAUUAAUCAACAAGUUGGUGAUAUUGCUUACAAUGAAUUGGUCAAUUCAUCCAAUACUAUUGAAAAAUUAUUGCAAAUUGCAAAGGCAUCCAAUUGCUAUGCCCAACAAUAA